UAACAUCAUAGAUGACUAGAAGAGAAGUUAGAAGUCUCAAACAGCCCCUAGAAUUGGAUCAUGUAAACCAUCCACUCACUAGAAGUCUCAAUUGUGACCUUCCACAAGACUCCUGCCAUCUCUUUAUCCAUGGACAUCCUUGACCCCUUCUUUGAGUCUUUAUCAUCAGCUUGACUGCUAUUUCAGCAAGGCCACCUCGCAUCGUAAUCCGAUCGCAAAGGUUUGAUCAUGUGGGCGUUGAUAAACGAGUGAGAUUUGAAGUAUAGUAAUUGAAACUGAAGAUUGCCUUUUAAAUUAGCAGGAGUUUAUUAUUUAAGCAGCUUUGUGUAGAAGAAACAAAACAAAAGUAAUACCUAAUCACAAUCACACAUGACUCGUGACACAUGGGCAUGGGCCUUACAAAAAACUGCUUAUAUUUUUAAAAGGCAACUGUAUAAAAAAAGGAGGCCCUUGCGUUGCUCGUCUCCACUUUAUACUUGCCUCUGCAUACCAGAGUAACGGUAUCUGCUGCUGCUGGCUGGCUGGCUGGCUGGCUUUUAAAUGCUGUUUGUUUAGAAAAUCUGAAAGGCUUUCAUGGCCUCGUAAUUCCCAUCUCUCUCUCUCUCUCUCUCUCUCUCUCUCUCUCUCUCUCUCUCUCUCAUACACACAUAUUCAUUUAUUCAUGCAUACAUUAAUCUGUUUCUCUUUUAUUUUGUCGCCAAGCUGUUGAAUUUCUGGGACAACGCAAGCGAUGACUGGAACACCCAAACCCAAGAGGUAUCGGGCCACUCACCAAUUCCUCAGGUUUCAAAUUUGAACCCCCUUUUGAUUUGAGUCCCUAUGUUUCACUCUCCCUACUUCGCGCCCGCCUCUCUCGAGCUCUCCCUCUCUUUGACUGCCUCGGCGUCGCCAAACCCACAUUUGACCGCCCCACUCUCUCCACUUAAUAAAACUCGCUCACAGUUCGAGUUUUGUUUACUCGCACAUUUCGUCGAACACCUAAGCCUCGCUCCCGCCAGCCAUGAACGACAGUCAAGCCCACUGUGGUUCGCAUUGUGAUGCCGAGUCUCUCGAGGUUAGUUUUCCAGAACUCACUGUUGGCGAGAGUAUUUGUAGCAGUACCGUUACUGGGUCUGAUGAGACAUGCCCAUUGAGUGUUGAAGUCUAUAAAGAUGGGGAGCGUGUGGAUUUGGGAAGUGAAAAGAGGAGUACCAGCGUUAGCGUCGAUGUUUGUAGCACAAGCACUAAAUGUAGUGAAGCAACUAGGGACAGUAUUGAGGGAGAAAAAACAAGAUCUCUGGAUGUUGAAGUCAAUCAAGAUGAGGAAUUUGUGGAUUAUGUGGGAAGUAAGAAGAGUAAUUUGAGUAGUGCUGUUGAGGUUUCUAGCAAUACCAUUAUUGGGCCUACUCAUGGUACAGACACUGAGGAAGAAAAGAUAAGCUCUUUGGAUGUUGAAGUAAAUAAAGAUGGGGAAUGUGUGGAUUCUGUGGGAAGUGAGAAGAGUAGUCUGAGUUAUAGUGAUAGUUCCGACUGUAACGAUGCUAGUUUUAGAAGCUCCUUUCAUUCCAAACCUCAUAAAGGGAAUGACCUUAGGUGGGAUGCUAUACAACGUGUGAAGGAAAAAGAUGGGGAAUUGGGUUUGUGGCACUUUAGGCUUCUGAAGAAGCUGGGAUUUGGGGACAUUGGUAGUGUUUAUUUGGCGGAGUUGAGGGGGACGGGCUGUUUGUUUGCAAUGAAGGUGAUGGAUAAGGCAAUGUUGGCUGGGAGGAAGAAGUUGAUUAGAGCUCAAACUGAGAGAGAAAUUCUGGGUUUGUUGGACCACCCAUUUCUUCCUACGCUGUACUCACAUUUUGAGACACACAAGUUUUCGUGUUUGCUUAUGGAGUUCUGCAGUGGAGGGGAUCUUCACAUCCUUCGGCAGCGCCAGCCAGGCAAGCAUUUUUCCGAACAAGCAGCAAGAUUUUAUGCUUCGGAAGUGCUUCUUGCCCUUGAAUAUCUGCAUAUGAUGGGCGUGGUGUAUAGGGAUUUAAAGCCCGAAAACGUUUUGGUUAGGGAAGAUGGUCAUAUUAUGCUCUCCGAUUUCGAUCUAUCAUUGAGGUGUUUCGUGAGUCCAACCCUUGUUAAGUCCGCCAAUGAGCCAUCCUGUACAAACUCUUCAUACUGUAUUCAACCCUCAUGCAUUGAUCCAGCAUGCAAAUUACCUGUGUGUGUAGAGCCUCCUUGUUUCCAACCCUCAUGCUUUAAGCCCCGGCUUGUCAGUUCUAGGAGAGCAAAGGUGAGAACUGAAAGAACAGCUUUGACAAAUUCGGAUUCCUUUCCGGUGCUUGUUGCAGAGCCAACUGCUGCUCGGUCUAUGUCAUUUGUUGGGACACACGAAUAUUUGGCCCCAGAGAUAAUCAGGGGAGAUGGCCAUGGGAGUGCUGUUGAUUGGUGGACGUUCGGCAUUUUCUUGUAUGAGUUGCUCUAUGGGAAGACACCAUUUAAAGGAAAUGGAAAUCGAGAAACAUUGUUUAAUGUUGUUGGCCAGUCUCUAAAAUUUCCAGAGGGAUCAACGGUUGGUUUCGCAGCGAAGAACUUGAUCAGGGGUCUGCUUGCUAAGGACCCACAAAAAAGACUCGGGUACAAAAGAGGUGCAACGGAGAUAAAACAACACCCCUUCUUCGAAAGUGUUAACUGGGCUCUAAUUCGAAGCAACCACCCUCCAGAAAUUCCUAAACCAGUUGAUUUAGCUUUCUUUAAUCAAACAAUCAAGUCAUCCUUACCCCAAAAUGACAGGGGGCCUUCUAGUUCAGACCGUUCAUCAGGUGCUUACCUAGAUUUCGAAUUUUUCUAGUGAAAUUCUGGCAUGAGAAAAUUGUAAUACUCCUUGAAAUGGGUAUAACCCCAUUAUUAGAAAUUCAUUGUUAGUAAAAAGAUCCUUUAUCCUUUAUUCUUGGUAUUAAGCUCUUGUUGCUAGAUGCUUUCACUUGGGGUAUGCUUUGGUUCACAUGAAAUCUCUUUUUCGAAUCAAGAAGCAAAGGGAUCCAAAAAGAAGCAAACUUUUUGUGCUAUUUUCCUGCAUUCUUAGCUCUGGGAGUAUGCUUGCAAAGGCAAGCCUGUACUAUUGUUGUGGAUUGUGCUUUUCACAAUAUUUUCUCUGUCUCGUGACAUUCUCUGUCUUCUGGAGUUGUGUUAGGCUGGACCCGUUUGCAAGUUCUCUUUUUGAUGAGCAAAAGAAAGUUGUGAUAUUGACAAAUCAUGAUAAAGUAUUCAUGCCAGGGUUCAAUGGAGGGAGAGAGCAAUUGGGAUUGAAGAAAUGUAGUGUCAUAUCAUCCCAAGCUUUAUUUCUUCUUGUAUGUUUGCUUUUUGUGUUUGUGUUUGUAUGUGAUUCAGCAGCUUUCCUUGAAUUGUCCCCCGAAGAUGCUUUCUUGUGCUGUACUCACAGGCUUUUCUCAGGAUGAUGCUAUAGCUGCGCUGCUGCUGCAUACUCAACCUUCUUUCCCUCAUUGCUGCUGCAUCCUCAAUGUUAUUGCACUCUGCCUUUAUUGAACAUGUACAAUAACCUAC